AUGCGCCCCGCCUCACGUGUGUCACGCGCGGCAGACGUGGCGUACUUCUCGGGCAGCGAGGUGCGGUGCCGCGACGGGUCGCGGUCAAUGGCGGUGCAGCGGGUGAACGACGACUUCUGUGACUGCGCUGACGGCACCGACGAGCCAGGCACGUCAGCGUGCGCCCUGUCGCGCUUCUACUGCGCCAACCGCGGCCACAUGCCUCUCACGCUCUUCUCCUCGCGAGUCAACGACGGCAUCUGCGACUGCUGUGACGGGUCGGACGAGUACGCCAGCGGGGCGGGCUGCAACAACACGUGCGUGCAGAUGGGCGAGGAGACGCGCAGCCAGCUGGCAGCUGACGUGGCGGCGGUGAGGGAGGGCGUGAAGCUGAGGGGCAAGGCGGUGGUGGGGCACGUGGCGCUGAGGGAGAAGUGGGAGCGCGAGGUCACGGACCUGGAGGAGAGGCGCGCACAGCUGGUGGAGCAGGAGAAGGCGCUCAAAGGUGACUGGCGUUGCUCCACCACAGGUCACCCAUCACACGCAUGCCUGCCCGAACACCUCACCGUGCUUGACCUGAUUCUACCUGCCUGCCCUCUUGUCCACUCCUGCCCCACCUCUUUCUCCUCCCCAUCCCGCACCCCAACCCAACCCCCUGUUCGUUUGUCCUGUGCGUAUCUCUUUCUGCCCUUUGGCUACGCAACGCGCCUGCCUCGCUGCAUCGCCUCCAUCUGCCGCCCAACCUGCCGCCCGCUUGCCCAUCCUGCUGCCGCCCACUCGCCGUCCUGCUGCCCGACUCGGCACCGCCACCAUGCCACUACCCCCCCCACCGUGCGGGGCAUGGCAGCGCACAUCCACUCGCUCGUCGCCUCAGCCUCGCUGCCGCCGUCGCUGCUCCUCCUCGCCCUGCUCGCCCUCCUCCUCUGCCACCGCCCCCUGCGCUCCCUGCUGCUCGCACCCCUCUGCGCCUGCCUGCGCCUCUGUUCUGUGCCUCUCAUGUCCUCUCGUUUCUGUUUAGCUGUUCUGUGCCUCUCAUGUCCUCUCUUUGCCAUUGUCUUCCGACCUGACCUGCCCUCCGCACUCAUCGUGCUCCUCCCCACACCAACUCUGCUCUUUCACGUUAUGGGUGCAGCACGCAAGGAGGAGUUGGAGAAGCAGGAGGAGAGGGAGAAGGCGUGGAGGGCGAGGUUGGAGAGGGAGCAGCGCGCCAGGGACGCCCUUGUGGCGCACACCCGCCCUGUGAGAACCGCUGCUGCUGCUGCUCACACUGGUGGCGGCGAUGGUGAUGGUGGGGAGAGUGCGGUUGCUUGGGACGGGAAGGUGCCAGCAGAGGCAGAGGAGUCGUGGAACGGCGCAGAUGUGGCUGGCGGAGCCCAUGGGGCAGCUGGGGCAGUUGGUGGGGAUGGUGCAGAUGGUGCAGAUGGUGCAGAUGGUGCAGAUGGUGCAGAUGGUGCAGAUGGUGCAGAUGGUGCAGAUGGUGCAGAUGGUGCAGAUGGUGCAGAUGGUGCAGAUGGUGCAGAUGGUGCAGAUGGUGCAGAUGGUGCAGAUGGUGCAGAUGGUGCAGAUGGUGCAGAUGGUCCGGACAGUGGUGUGACGGGCACAGGAAGUGAGGAGAGAGAUCAAGGCGAGGAGGGUGCAGCAGGGGGCGAGGGGGAAGAAGGAAGUGAGGAUUUGUCUGGUCUGUCCAAGGAGGAGAUGGGGCGGCGGAUUGCGUCCCGAUGGACUGGGGGGGGGGAGGGAGGGCAGCAGCACGAGGAGCACAGCGGGCAUGCGGCAGAGCAAGGUGUGGCGGAUGAGGGCUCGCCACCCCCUGAUGUGGGCUAUGGUGAUCCGGAUGUGCAUGAGGGGGAGGAGGAGGCAGCGGAUUUGGAGCAAGAGAUGGGGGGAGGGGAGGCGGAUAAGGGCAAGGGAGGGGCAAGGGGGGAUGGAGGGGGAGGGGAGGAGGAGGAUGGGGAGGAGGGCGAGGUGAGUGUGGAGGAGUUGAGGCGGCUGGAGGAGUUCAACCCACAUGACCCACCAGGGCCGCACGGGGAGUUCUCCAACCUCGUGGACCGCUGCUUCGCCUUCAACGCCAACCAGUACACGUAUGAGAUCUGCCCGUACAAGAAGGCGGUGCAGAAGGAAGGCCACUCCGAGACGACUCUUGGGCGGGCGGGCAGGCACUUCAAGCGGUUUGAGGCGGAGCACACAGUCAUGGCGUUUGAAGAUGGCGAGCACUGCUGGAACGGACCGCCCAGGAGCAUCAAGGUGAAUACGUGA